GUGUUUCAGGAAAAGCAAUCGAACACGAGUCAGUCCUCCUGUACUGUAAAUAAAUGGACAGAAAGAUGGCGUCCACCGAGCAACCUGAUCCACCAACACAGGCUGGCCUUCUGCCUUUAGAAGGAACUGCUCAACCCAGAGAGGCACUGAUUUCCACUGCUGUAAAAUUCCUGCAAAACCCCAAAGUACGUCAGACACCCCUGGACACCAAAAAAAACUUCUUGAAGAAAAAAGGGCUGACGGAUGGGGAGGUAGAGUUGGCCAUCCAGCGCUCUGGCAGCACUGAGGAAGUCCUGCCUUUGAGUCCCAUGGGACACCCACUACCACCAUAUGCAGUUCCUGCACCACCCACUCCUGCAGGUUACAGAUGGAGAGACUAUGGCGCACUCACUGUUGUUAUGGUGGGCAUCGCUUUUGGCUUUCAUCAGCUUUACAAGAAAUACAUCCUUCCCCUCAUUAUGGGGAGCCGAGAGGACAAGAAGCAUCUGCAGAGGAUGGAAAGCAACAUUGCAGCAAUGAGUGGCACGCUGACACAGACAGUCAGCCAGCUCCAACAAACCCUCGCCUCUAUCCAGGAGCUCCUGACGCAGCAACAGCAGAAAAUCCAGGAGCUCUCUCAGAAACUGGCUGCAGCUGAGACGUCGUCCUCGACCAGCCACUUCCUAGACAGCCAAACAGUUGGAGAGCUGAAGGCUGAGAUUGCCUCUUUGAAGGGCUUACUGCUCAGCAGGAAACAGUUCCCGUCUACCCCUGCCAUUCCUAAAAUCCCAUCGUGGCAGAUUCCUAUGAAGCCACCUUCAGCAUCGGGAUCGGCCUCCGUUAACCACACCAACAGCAGCAGCGACAUCUCCCCUGUCAGCAACGAGUCCUCCAACUCCUCCCCUAUUAAAGAUGGACACCACAGCCCCCAGGAUGCACUGGGAGGAUCAGAUGGAGCUGUUGUUCUCAACGGAGAUAUAUGCGCUGUGGGCCGGAGCGCCUCGCCGCCUCUGGACCAGGUCCGCAUGGAGGUUCAGGGGGAAGAGGAAAAAAAGGAGGACGACGAGGAUGAUGUCAGCCACGUAGAGGAGCUUCUAAGCAUGCAGGAAGAAGAUCGACGAGGUGGGGAUGGACAGAUUAAUGAGCAGGUAGACAAACUAAGGCGACCCGAGGGUGCCAGCAACGACAGCGAGGUUGAUUAGAAGUCAGAAGAAAACACAAAAACACCUCCCAUCUCUGCUCAGACACCUUUUAUUCUUUAAAUUGUUCCUGUUUUCCUUUCCUUCUGUAACCUUUUUUUAUGUUGAGCAAACCGAGGAGUGGGAGUGGCUGCAGGAAGAUUCACAACUGAUGGAUAUUAGAGUGUUUAGUGACACAUGGCUUAGCACAGUUUCCUUUUGAUCAUCCGAACAUAACUGGCUGCUAAGCCAAGUCCCAUGAAGUGACAUCUGAGUGAAGGGAAAUGACGAGCGAUAGUCAAAUCACACAGACUGUGUGUGCAACACUAACCACGUAAGACCUACUGCUUCUAAUUUUCAUGAUUCGAUCAGAUAAUUCACAGCUUUGCCUUGGCGUCCUUGUAAUCGUACGGAGGUGCUUAUUCAGAGCAGACUUGGAGCGGUGUGGGAUACGCCCGCUGUAGAAUGCUGCUGUAGGGCAGGAAUCAUAUGCUACUUUAGUCUGCCAGCUUCCAGUGAAGCAUUUGCAGAGUUUGUCUCCCUGUUGACGGCAAUAGGACAGGACAAGCUCUUCCAGGGCCGGAGCUUUUAGCCUCUUUUAUGUGUCCUUUCGCAUUGGUGUCAGUCUGUCAAUAAUUCACAAGGCCAGCAGGGUGGCAUUUGGGUGAAAUAAAAGCCCUGAAAUUUGAGAUUAGAAUGUGAUGACGGGCUUUGUUCCAUGCUGGUGUCAGAGUGCUCAUAUGCUCAAAGGAGGGGAAGAUAAAUGCCCCCUAUCCUCCCCCCCCCCCC